AAUAUACCAAACAGAUCAUAGAAAGCCAGCAGUUGAAAACAAAGCAAAAACUCCAAUCCAAUGCAUACAAACUGUACACUUGUUGCUUACAACUCUAUAUUCAACGAAAAGCUCACCAAAUGGGACCUCACAAAUUGCUCAUAGGAUCAUUUUUCCUUGCUUUCGAUCUCUCCCGUCAUUUUUUUCAUGUUAUUUAUCUUGUUCUCAUCGAAGUCAUUAACUCAUCUUUUUCUCUCUCUAAAUUAAAAAAGAGACGGUUGAACACAAAGUGCAUGAAAAGAUCCGAUUUCCAUUUUCUCUACCCCUACUUAUCUAUCUAUGAUCCUAAUUCAUUCCAUGCCCUAUGAUCCUAAUCCUUUUCCACACUCCAACAAACAAAGACAAAAACUACCCUUUACCCAAUACUAGUACUCUCAAAGCUAUUAUUAUAAACAAAAAAAAACAAAAAGAACUACAUCAAUUGUCUACUGAAUCUAAGAGUUUUGGUGAAAAUAAUUUAGUUGAUAUAAAUAUCAUAUUUUAUAUGUAGUAUUAGAAUUUGAAUUAAGAAUACCCUAUUUGAAAUUCAAACUUACACUUCAGCCUAUCAAAUUUUUUAUAGUUUUUUUUUUUUACUGUAUGGAGUGUAAAAAUAUAUUAGUCCAGAAUCCAAGAAAAAUGAACUGGCCAGCACUUAGGAACAAAAACUUGAUGAAAGCACAGUAGCAGCAACUUUAGAUUAACACUUUCAGUUGUUGAAGUUCUUGUUUCACUUCAAGAGCUACCUCAACUCAAACCCAUUCAUUCUUCACAUUUUCAUAUUCAACAAAGUAACCAACCUUUUCUUCAUAUAUGUAUGUUUAUUUUUGUUAAUUAUUACUAUACUAUACGCACACGUGGAAAUACGAGUAUAAUAUACGGUAUAAUAUACCAACUCAAAAUAUGGGUUGCGCGGCGUCUAAACUCGACAACGAAGAAACGGUACGGCGGUGCAAGGAGCGCCACCGUCUCAUGAAGGAAGCAGUUUAUGCUCGCCAUUACCUAGCGGCGGCGCACUCCGAUUACUGUAACUCUCUUCGUCUUACCGGUUCUGCACUCUGCACCUUCGCCGCCGGUGAACCUCUCGCCGUCUCCGACGACAUCCCCGCCGUUUUCGUCAACAAGAAAACUCAGCAGCCACCACCACCACCUCCUCGUGAAACCACCGUAACAACCUCAAAACUUCCUAACAUUUCGGAAACUCGUCGCCGGAAACCUCCACCUAAGCUUCCACACAUUCUCUCCGAUUCAAGUGUUUGUUCAACGCCGAGAAGCGAGUUUCCGAACUGGUUCUUCCCAACCGCACAUCAAGCUCAAUCUACAGCUUCCGAAACCUCUUCCGUUUGGAAUUGGGAGAAUUUUCAUCCUCCUCCGUCUCCACCAAAUUCCGAAUACUUCCGGCAGCGAUGUCAUCCGCCGAAUCACAAAUCUGAAGCUCAUGGAUCCGAUUCAGAAUCAGACUCUUUCUAUAACAUGUUCCACUCGAAAAAUCAUAUUCAGAAACUUAAAAUCCAAACUAUAAACGGUUAUUCUCAAAAUCAGCAUCAACGGAACCGUUCCAAAGCCGAAGGUUUCGAGAGCGAGAGAUCCGAACCGGAACCAGAACCGGAACCAGAUCCAGAUCGAUCGGAAACGGAGCGAGAGGAGGUUCGAUGUAGUGAUUGGGAAGACUGUUACGGAUCAACGAGCUCUUCCGAUAAGGAGGAAGAAAUCGACGGUUUGAAAUCAUCGGCGAAACCAGAGUCGGUUACAGGCGGUGAUAUUCCGGCGAGAAAAGACGAGAAGAUCGGCGAGGUGAAAGAAGAAAAGGUAAUGAUGAAGCAUAAGGAUUUGAAAGAGAUUGUUGAGGCGAUUAGAGAGAAUUUUGAGAAAGCGGCGGUGGCCGGAGAUGAGUUAUCGGAGAUGCUACAGAUUAGUAGGGCUCAACUUGAUCGGAGUUUCAGUCAAUUGAAAAAAAUAGUGUAUCACUCGAGUAAUUUAUUGAGCAACGUGAGUUCGUGUUGGACUUCGAAACCGCCAUUGGCUGUUAAGUACCGGUUUGAUGCCGGUUCACUUGAAGGACCGGGCGGUCCCAAGAGCCUCAGCUCCACUUUAGACCGGCUUUUGGCUUGGGAAGACAAACUCUGCCAGGAAGUGAAGGCUAGAGAAUGUGUGAAGAUUGAGCAUGAAAAGAAAUUGUCAGCUAUGCAGAGUCAAGAAUGGAAGGGAGAUGAUGAAGCAAAGAUAAACAAAACCAAGGCAACCAUAACAAGGUUACAGUCACUAAUUAUUGUAACAUCACAAGCUGUGUCUACUACCUCAGCUGCCAUUGAUGGUCUUAGAGACUCUGAUCUUGUUCCUCAGCUUGUUCAACUUUGUCAUGGAAUCAUUUGCAUGUGGAGAUCAAUGCACCAGUACCAUGAAACACAAAGCAAAAUUGUACAGCAAGUUUGCGGCCUUGUGAACCGAUCAUCGAAAGGUCACUCAACAUCUGAAUCACACAAACAAGCAACUCGAGAUCUUGAAUCAGCUCUGUCAGCUUGGAACUCAAGUUUUAUCCGGAUCAUAAAAUUUCAAAGAGACUUUAUUCUGUCUCUACAUGGCUGGUUUAAGCUGAACCUUAUUCCAGUCAAUAAUGACAACAAAAACAACAACAAAAUUGAACAAUCUGAUGCAUUUCACUUUUGUGAUGAAUGGAAACUUGCCCUCGACCGUGUCCCAGACACAGUUGCUUCAGAAGCAAUCAAAAGCUUCAUCAAUGUUGUCCAUGUAAUAUCUGUUAAGCAAUGUGAAGAACUCAAGGUUAAAAAGAAAACUGACACUGCUUUCAAGGAACUUGAGAAAAAAUCUUCAUCUUUAAGUAACAUAGAAAAGAAGUUUUACAACUCAUAUUCAAUGGUUGGUAUCGGUAUAAUUCCAAACUCUGUGGAUGAUAUUGGACAAGGCUUGGAUGCAAGAGACCCUCUUGCUGAGAAAAAAUUGGAACUAGAAGCUUGUCAAAGACGAGUCGAAGAUGAAAAGAUGAAACAUUCAAAGGCUAUUGAGGUUACAAGAGCUAUGACACUUAACAAUCUACAGACAGGUUUGCCUGGAGUAUUUCAGGCAUUGACAAGUUUUUCUUCAUUAUUCAUUGAGGUUCUUGAAUCAGUAUGUGCUCGUUCAUAUGCCAUCAAGUAGGUAAUUUAUAAGGCAAAACUGCACGAAAUCCUUUAACUUAUGGUUAAAGGGUCUCUGAUGCAGGUUUGCCUAAUUUAUAAUUUAUUUAUUUUGCUUUGAAGGUGAGUUCAGAAUGAAGGCUGUUUUUUGUGACACUGCCUCUUACUCUUCUAAGUUUUAGCUGUUUGGUUUAUCUUGAAAUGUAAAUACCAAGAAUUUUUUUAUUCUAAUUUACCCUCUUGUGGGAAAGAAAGGUUGCACUUUUUGUAUAACAAAACUUAAAAGAAAAUUUCGGCCAGCUCUAUAGGAAAAUUUCUUGAAUUAUUGUAUCAGAGGAUUGGAAAUUUCAGUGUAGAAUAAAUCUAUUCGUUGAGGACUAUGCUAUGAUAUAAAUUGUUCAUGAAUUAAUGUUUUUGCUUCAUAGAAA